UCUUAUAAGGUCGGACCCAUUCGGAAACGCGAUGGAGACGUGGAGUACCUCGAAAGCCUGGACGUGCUGCUCGUGCCGCAUGACUUUAGUCUAACAUGCAGCGCGAUGUGGCAGGCAAUGGUGCAAGUCCAUCAGCGACCGGGCCGAGAGCAGUACCGAGGCCCGGUCGACGUGCUUAUCCACUUGGUGACUCGAAGAUACGUCGAAGCUGGGAGGACGGUCAUGGUGUGGCGAGCGAUGACUGAAGGCGAGGACGAGUUCUCGGGCAUGCAUUCGGAUGAAUUUGGAUGGUGCGUCAUUCGACCGAACCAAAGCAAUCCAACGAUGCCGACUGUCAUGGAAACGUUUGCGAGGUUUAUUCCGAUGUCCGUUGCUAGCCAUGUCGAGGAUAAGGCGCAUGCCGACCAAUUCGCCAUGUUUGUCGUCACGUCGGGGGAAGAUGACGGAGCGGAGAUCUCGCGCAUGAUGGAAGCACUUCUACUCGAUGAUUCG